CGUUUGCGCAGAAUCGUAAGAAGUUUGCUCGGUUGGCCGUCCACUCACUACGUCUGACUUUACGACAACAGCUUUGAAGGUAACGUGUGAUAUGACGUGGAGGUAGUGUUAGCUUCGAUAUCUUUCGUUAACUUACAAUGGAAAAAACUAUUUGUGAGAGCAGAUCGAUUUAGUCUCACAGUUUGCCAUCAUCAUCACUAGUAGGUAGCUUUUACCAGGAAUACAAACCCAGAAGACUGGGAAAUCUACUCUCUUGACCAUGGAUCCACCUAGCUAAGCGGUAGCCUAGAUAGCUUGCUAAUCAACUGGUGUGGAAACUGCGAACGAUGACUUUUCCUGUCAGAAACAUCUUAAGGUUUUGCUGGAGAGGUCACCUAUCUGUCGAUGAUUGACAGGGCAGAUCUUGGGAAGUUUGUCAGCGUAAAAGAAACAGAAACCGAAGCUAGUUAGAGUAGCUAGUUUGCUAGCUAACUACUCCCCAGCCGGUUUAAGCGACAGCGUACCCAUUCAGCUUGAAGAAAAGGCGAGCUGUCAAAAUGGGCUCGUUGUUCCGAAGUGAAGAGAUGUGUUUGGCCCAGCUGUUUCUGCAGUCCGGUUCAGCAUACGACUGUAUCAGCGAACUAGGAGAAAUGGGCCUUGUAGAAUUCAGAGACCUCAAUCCUAGUGUCAACUCCUUUCAACGCAAAUUCGUCAGCGAGAUCAAAAAAUGUGAAGAGAUGGAAAGAAUUCUAGGUUACCUUCUGAGGGAAAUCAAGAGGGCCGGCAUUCCACUGCCCGAGGACGAGGUGAACCCAGUUGCUCCUCUACCCAAGCACGUUCUGGUCAUCAUGGAGCAGCUGCAGAGGCUGGAGGUGGAGCUUGGUGAGGUCACCAGGAACAAGGAGAAGCUGCAGAAGAACCUUCUGGAACUGACGGAGUACACGCACAUGCUACGCAUCACACGCAACUUCGUGCACCGGAGCAUCGAGCGAGAGCCCAUGCAGGCCCAGUAUGAGGAGUUCCCCUUUCUGGAGAAGGACACCAUGAUGGACUACACCAGCAUGCAGAGGCUAGGGGCCAAGUUAGGGUUCAUCUCAGGGCUGAUUCAGAGGGUGAAGAUCGAAGCAUUUGAGCGCAUGCUGUGGAGAGUGUGUAAGGGUUAUACUAUACUCAGCUACUGUGAGAUCGACGAAUAUCUGGAGGAUCCCCACACUGGGGAGCUGACCAAAAGCGUGGUGUUCCUCAUCUCCUACUGGGGAGAGCAGAUCGGACAGAAGGUCAAGAAGAUCUGCGACUGCUACCACUGUCACCUGUAUCCGUACCCCAACAGCAACGAGGAGAGGACCGAUGUGGUGGAGGGCCUGAGGACUCGGAUCCAGGACCUGCACACUGUACUGCACAGGACGGAGGACUACCUGAGACAGGUGCUCAACAAGGCGUCCGAGUCCGUCUACACCUGGGUGAUUCAGGUGAAGAAGAUGAAGGCCAUCUACCACAUCCUCAACCUCUGCAGCUUUGACGUCACCAACAAGUGCCUCAUCGCCGAGGUGUGGUGUCCCGUCAACGACCUUCCGGCCCUGAGGGGGGCACUAGAGGAAGGCUCGAGGAAGAGUGGAGCCACGGUGCCUUCCUUCGUCAACCGUAUCCCUAGCAACGACACUCCGCCCACGCUGGUACGGACCAAUAAGUUCACGUCUGGCUUCCAGAACAUAGUGGAGGCUUACGGGGUGGGAACCUACAGAGAAGUCAACCCAACCCCGUACACGAUCAUCACGUUCCCCUUCCUGUUUGCGGUGAUGUUUGGGGAUCUGGGUCACGGCGUGAUCAUGUCUCUGUUUGCCUUCUGGAUGGUUCUGUACGAGAACAACCGCAAAUUGAAGCGCACCAGGAACGAAAUCUGGAACAUCUUGUUUGAGGGCCGCUACAUCAUCUUCAUGAUGGGACUGUUCUCCAUCUACACGGGCCUCAUCUACAACGACUGCUUCUCCAAGUCACUGAACAUCUUUGGCUCGGGCUGGAGCGUGGGGGCCAUGUACAGGGGCGGAGUCUGGUCGGAAGCUGUGGUCAGGGGCAGUUCUACUCUGUCCCUUGAUCCCAACGUCACGGGCGUCUUCAAGGGACCCUACCCUCUGGGCAUCGACCCGAUCUGGAACCUGGCAUCCAACCGCCUCACGUUCCUCAACUCCUACAAGAUGAAGAUGUCCGUGAUCCUGGGGAUCUGUCAGCUCAGCUUUGGGGUGAUCCUUGGAGUCUUUAACCACCUGCACUUUAGGAACAGGUUCAACAUUGUCUUGGUGUUCAUCCCGGAGCUGCUCUUCCUGCUGAGUCUGUUUGGCUACCUGGUCUUCAUGAUCGUCUACAAGUGGCUGGCCUUCUCUGCUCACACCUCCAGAGACGCCCCCAGCAUCCUCAUCCACUUCAUCAACAUGUUCGUCAUGCAGGACAACGGUGUGCAGCCCCUUUUCCCAGGACAGAGUGGUCUCCAGGUGUUCCUGCUGAUUGUUGCCAUGCUGUCCGUGCCCGUGCUGUUGCUAGGGAAACCGGUCUACCUCUACUGGCUGCACAACGGCAGCACUCGCCUGGGGAUGUACAGGGGCUACGAGCGUGUGCGGCGCGGCAGCGAGGAGGAGCUGUCCCUGCUUAGGGCCAGUGACAUGGAGGAGGGCAGCGAUCUGUCCAGCAGCAGAGAGACGCAAGCAGAGUUUGACUUUGGGGAUGCGUUCCUGCACCAGGCUAUCCACACGAUAGAGUACUGCCUGGGCUGCAUCUCCAACACGGCCUCCUACCUGAGGCUCUGGGCCCUCAGCCUGGCCCAUGCCCAGCUGUCGGAGGUGCUGUGGUCCAUGGUGAUGCGUGUGGGUCUCCGGAUGGACACCAGCCUGGGGAUCGUGUUUCUGGUGCCUCUGUUUGGGCUGUUUGCCGUCCUCACUGUGUCCAUCCUGCUGGUCAUGGAGGGACUGUCGGCCUUCCUCCACGCCCUCAGACUGCACUGGGUGGAGUUCCAGAACAAGUUCUACAGCGGCGCAGGAGUCAAGUUUAUUCCCUUCGCCUUCUCCCUCCUGCCCUCGAGCUUCGAGCACGACGGCUUGCUGUGAAGGCGCCCUGCAGACAAACACAGCCAGUACGGCUCCACAGACACCAUGCUCAUGCUUUCCUCUGUACUAUUCGCACUGACUGCCUUACAGAAGUACAACCAAAUGUUAGCAUUGUGCUCUAUUUUCAGUGUGUGGAUAUUGACGUGUAAGGAUUUUUUUUCUUCAUUUUGAAAACUGAAAAAAAAAAAAAGAAUGUAGAUUCGGCAUUAUUAGAACAGUGGAGGGAUAUUAUAUGGUUUGAAGGGAGAUUAAGGUUGAAACCACAGCGAUCCCAAUCGAAUGUUUCCAUACUGUGAAGCGAACAGGAUGUCCACACACGUUGCCUUUCCCUUCCCUGCUAUGUGGAACUUUUUCUCCAAACCGGCACAUUCCAUGGAGAGAAAUUAAAAGACUGCAAUUUAGCACGGGAAGAAGGAACCGAUAAUCUCACCGUGUCCAUUAGCCUUCAGCUGGAUAAUGUUGUUUAACAUGUCUGUGAAGGGUAUUGUACCCUUUAGACAAAUCACGAAUGAGUAUCGUGCAUUUGUUAUUGGAUUUGUGUCAAUGGGGUGUUCGUUCCUCGUGAGAGAAGCGGAGCUUGUUGGUUUUAAUUGUGCUUUUUUGCAGUACAUGUGAUUACUGUGUAACGCUGACUUUUAUAGGGAGGGGGGGGGGGGGGUUGACCAUGUCACUGGAAACAUUAACUUUUCUGCGUAGAUGAAGUUGUGAUAGGUUUAUCACUAUAGACAACAAAAACAUGUCCAAAUACUGUUUGGUAAACUACUUCUCUUUAUCUAUUACAACCACUAAUUCUUCUGGACUUGUGUAACAAAGAAUCAUUGGUAACACUCAAUGGUGUAUGGUUGUUGAGGGGUUGUUAAAUGUCUUCUAAUGCAGUAUUCGUAAAUGAUUUGGAAUCUUAUUUAUUUAAAGAAAAUAACUGGUUCAUUAAGAAAUCGUUAAACACUAAUUUUCAUGUUGAUACAUUCCUAUAUUUUGCAUUUGCUGGAUUGUUUUCUAUCUUAUACGGUUGAAGAUGUAAACAUGUGUCUUGUCAAUAAAGUUGAUUUCAUCUUAA